CGGGACCGGCCCCGCCCAGCUCCUCCCGCCGCGCCGGCUCCGCCGCUGCUGCCCAGGUGGGGAUCGACGCGGGAGCCGGGACUCCUCCUGUACCAUGCGAGGAUGUGCCCGCGCUGACUCGCCCGCCCCCGCUGCCCGUCCCGCCCGGCGCCAUGGGAGGAUGCUUCUCCAAGCCCAAACCAGUUGAAGUGAAAAUUGAAGUUGUGAUACCUGAGAAGGAGAGAAGCAAGGAGGAGAUGUCACCCAAUGGGAAAGCCAGCCCUCUGAUCUACAAAGUCAAUGGGACUGCCCGGCACUACCACCUUGAGGAGCAUCCAAUUGCCAGCAACCCCUACCACAACCCAAAGGAUGUGGUAGAAGCAUCUGUGUGCCACGUAAAGGAUCUGGAGAAUGGACAGAUGCGGGAAGUGGACCUGGGCUGCGGGAAGGCUCUGCUCAUCAAGGAGAGUGGGGAGUUCCACGCCGUGGGACACAAGUGUCCCCACUAUGGGGCUCCACUGGUCAAAGGGGUUUUGUCCAAAGGAAGAGUCCGCUGUCCCUGGCAUGGAGCUUGCUUCAAUAUUGGCACGGGUGACAUUGAGGACUUUCCCGGCUUGGAUAGUUUACCCAGGUUCCAGGUGAAGAUUGAGAAGGAGAAGGUGUACAUCCGAGCAAGCAAGCAGGCUCUUCAGACACAGAGGAGGACAAAGAUGAUGGCAAAGUGCAUCUCCUUGAGCAACUACAACCUGAGCAGCACCAAUGUGCUGAUCAUUGGUGCAGGGGCAGCUGGGCUGGUCUGUGCAGAGACCUUGCGCCAGGAGGGUUUCUCUGACCGGAUUGUGAUGUGCACCAUGGACAGACACUUGCCCUAUGACAGACCAAAGCUCAGUAAGUCAAUGGAUUCCCACCCUGAGCAGAUCACCCUGCGCCCCAAGGAGUUCUUCUGCACCUAUGACAUCGAAGUCCUGACUGAAAUGCAGGUGGCGGCUGUGGAUGUCAAGAGCAAGAUAGCUGUGUUCAAGGAUGGGUUUAAGAUGGAAUACAACAAGCUGCUGAUAGCAACGGGAAACACGCCCAAAACUCUCAGCUGCAAAGGCAAGGAGAUGGAAAAUGUUUUCAACAUCCGGACACCUGAAGAUGCUAAUCGUGUGGUGAAGCUGGCCACAAGCAAGAAUGUGGUGAUCGUGGGAGCAUCCUUCCUGGGGAUGGAGGUGGCCGCCUACCUCGCGGAGAGGGCCCACUCGGUGUCCCUGGUGGAGCUGGAGCAUGUCCCCUUCAAGAAGUUCUUUGGGGAGAGGGUUGGCCGUGCUGUCAUGAAGAUGUUUGAGAACAACAGGGUGAAGUUCUACAUGCAGACCGAGGUGUCAGAGCUGCGGGAGCAGGAGGGAAAGCUGAAGGAGGUUGUGCUGAAGAGCGGGAAGGUCCUGCGUGCUGACGUCUGUGUCGUGGGUGUUGGUGCAGUCCCAGCGACAGGCUUCCUCAAGCAGAGUGGCAUCAACAUUGACUCCAAGGGCUUCAUCGUGGUCAACAAGAUGAUGCAGACCAACAUUCCAGGCGUCUUUGCUGCUGGAGAUGCUGUCACAUUUCCAUUGGCCUUGAGGAAUAACAAGAAGGUGAAUGUCCCCCACUGGCAGAUGGCCCACAUGCAUGGCCGCAUCGCCGCUCUGAACAUGCUGGCCCACGGCACGGAGAUCAGCACUGUCCCAUACCUGUGGACAGCUAUGUUCGGGAAGAGCAUCCGAUAUGCAGGCCAUGGGGAAGGAUUCGAUGAUGUUGUCAUUCAGGGAGAUUUAGAUGAACUGAAGUUUGUGGCAUUCUAUACCAAGAGGGUCUCCCGGAGCUGGCGUGUGGGUACCAGGACGGCAUGCCAUGCUGAGAGCCGGAGGUACUGGGAAGCACUGGCUGCUGGGGGUCAGCCAGUGUGUCCCCCACUGCUUGGCUCCCUGUCUGUGAGAGGCAGAGCUGGAGCAUUUCUUUCUUUUUUGGUGGUGGUUCUUCUAGUUGGUGCUAAAGCUUUUGGACUGAGGACAGUCCCAGGCUGACCAUUUCCUCCUGCUUUCUUCUGCUGUGCCCACACUGUGUUUGGACUCUUCUCCUCCUCCUGGUCCUCCUUAGUAGUUGCAGGAACCACUGGUGGUUUCCACUCCUACAGCCUGUCCUCAGCACUGGCUUUCACAAUAAGGCUUCUUCUGCCCCAGAGUUUGAAGAGGAAAGGAGUCUUGUCAGAGCUAUGCAGAGGCCAAUAAAAGGCCCUGUGCUGGGAGGUGUAGGGGACAGCACUCUGCAGAUGUCCCUGCCUUGACAACAGACUGAUGUCCUCCUGCCCCUAAGACCUUGGAGACCAGGGAAUUGCUGUGGUUAUCUUCUUCACAGUUCCCCACCUCUGUUACGUUGAACGCUGCAGAGGAAGGGAAGACCAUGUAGACACAUCCCCUGUGCUUCCCUCUUCAAUCAAUCUUCACAAAGACUUCUGAUUGCUCCAAAUCCCAGGUUCAGGAUGGGAGUUCUUGUUACCUUUGAAGACCUUUUUGAAAAAGGGAUUCCUCCUGGCUUCCCCCAUCUGUCUGACAAAGUAUUCAAAAGCCACUGCUGAUGCUGGGUGCUCCAGCUCACCAGCACCCCAUGAACCAUUUUGCAAAAGGAGUAGCUACCCUAUGUCCUGCUGACAGAAAUGUUUGGGCUGCAUCUGCCUUCCUGGCUGGCUCCUUUGGGCACUGUCUGGGUUUGAGGCUGAGCCAGAGGGCAGCUGGUGGUAGUGCAUCUGGUUCCCUUGCACACCUUGGUUAUUCAUUGCUUGGAACAGCACAUCUCCCCCAGGUUUUGAUGGGUAGGUCUCUCCAACCACUUUGUGUUUCCCAGUUUGGAGCUGGCUCUGCUCAGGAAACUGCUCUUCUUUAUUUGCCAUGGGCCUAUUUAGGAAUGGGAGUUUUUUUAAACAGUCUGUGAUGGAGCUGCCCCAUGGUUUUGUAGACAGUUGUGAGAGAUACCUUUAACUCUCAUGGCUGCACAGGGCUGAAGUGUCCUCUGAAACAUGGCUUUGCUCUCCUUGUCCUGGGAAUUAGGCACAUAUCCCUCCCCACCCCACCUCAGCUGCUCUUUGCUCUGUUGAUCCCAGAGUUCUUUGGCAGUCAAUUUAAGAGCAGAUCUUGGUUUAGUGGGUGCUUCUACUUUUCAGUUUAUUCAACAACAUCACCAGAGUUUAAAAUCUUACCCACACAUCUUCCCUGAUUUCACAUUGUGCAUUCAGUUAUCUCUUCAUGGGUCAGGCUUUGAAGGUUUACACUUGGAUUGACCUUGGCAAACCCCAAACAAGAACCCACCUUCUCGUUUGCUUAUGACCUUUAGCCAAAGCUCCUCCAGCAGUUUUAUGUCCUCUUCCUUCUCCUUCAUUUGUUUUCCUCUCAACCUUUGAGGCUGCAUUGGGAUCCUGCUAGGGGAACAGCCAGCCAAUCUGGACAUCCUAUAUACAUGAGGACUUCCUUGCUGGGGCUGAGGACCCAGGGGUUGGACACUCCAGCUGUCCCAGUGGCCGUGGAGCAGCUCAGAGCGGGGCACUCUGCUUGUUCAGAGGUGGGGAUCAGGAAGGGGAUGUGGAACAUCCCAACUGACUGUUCCACAGGGAAAUCCUGACCACCCCUCCACUCCCUCAGCACAGGGCAGCAGCACAGGGAUAACAGCUGGGCAUCCUUCCUGUUGUCCAGGUUUUUAUCCACCAUCAGAUCUACCACUGGUGGUGUUUUCCCACAGAUGCCAGGGUGCCAGAGCUGUCUCCAUCACCCAGGCACCCUAGUUGAUGCUCAUGACAUCACCUCCAACAUUGGUAGGACCAGUGGGGCCUGCUGUGCCACUCUGUACCCUCUCCUGACCCUUAUUCCAGCCAUCUUGUUCCAGUCCCUGUGGUGCUUAUGCCUUGGGAUCAGGCCUGGCUCUGGAGUGGUGUUCCUCUUUGCCUCCCUCCUCUCUCCAUCAUGGUGGGUUUUGGGUGGUGGAGCUGUGGCCAUCCAGGCUGUCCUAACUGCUCUGCUCUGCCCGGCCCUAGGAGUGACGAGGUGGUGGCUGUGGCCAGCAUGAACUACGACCCAAUUGUUUCCAAGGUGGCUGAGGUCCUGGCUGCUGGCAGGACCAUCCGGAAGCGUGAUGUAGAGUAAGUAGACAGGCAGUGGGAAGUGGCAGUGCCAGGCCAGGGGCUAAGCACAACCAUGGGGUGCUGGGCAGAGCUGAGCCUUUCACACUGAUCCAUCUCCAUACCACUCUUGCAUCUCCCUUCCUGUUCCUGCUUCCUCCCUGUGCUACUUCCCAGCUGCCUCCAGAUCUGGCAUCCCCCACAUAUAGGGUUUGUCUUAAACACCAGGACCCAAAUCCUUGCACAGAGAGGAUGGGAUGGGGAUACUCUCUGCUUUUGGGCACUGGCACUUCAUCAAGGAAGCAAUGCCUGAUGCUGGGGCACACCUGGGCACCCAGUCAGUCAAGGAGACCUGCAGAGAGGGACUGGGUGUGUAGCCUGUGCAUAACCCCCUAUGCACAACCCAGCCCAAAGAGCUGGUGUUACCAGGAUGCUGGCCUGUGGUGUCUCAGCCUCUGAUUCCUUGGAGCAGAGCUCAUAGGCAAAGGGCAUUUUUCUCCCUUCACUUUGUUUUUAAGACCAUACAGAGGACAGAGCAUAACUUUUUGGUGAGGGUAGGUGCUGGAAGGCAAAUGCCAGGGAGGUGAUAACAGCCAGGAAGAGGCCUUUAGAGUGGGAAUCAGAGCUGCUGAGGAAAUGUGGGUCUCUGUUCCAGGGAUAUUUAUCUGGAAUAAAAGCAGAUCUUUUCAAAAGCUCAGGGAGAGGAGCACUCCCAACCCCCAGGAAGUUUUGUCUCUCAGACUCCCUGGGAAUCCCUGGGAUGGGAAGCAUGUCGUGGGUCCCCUCACCUGAAACAGGGUUCAUAAAAUGACAGAAUAGUUUGGGUUGGAAGGGACCUUAAAGUCCAUCCAAUUCCACCCCCUGCCCCCUUCCCUCCCACUAUCCCAGAUUGCUCCAAGCCCAUCCAACCUGGCCUUGGACACUUCCAGGGAUCUCUGGGCAGCCAGAGAUCCUCUGGGCAGCCUGUGCCAGGGUCUCACCAACCUCAAAGGGAAGAAUUUUUUUGUGCCAUCACCCCAGUACAUUGGAAAAUGGUUGCUCAUGUCCCACUUUGUGGCUGGGAGGGAGGGGUAUCUUGUGGGCAUCCCAGGGGUGGGGAGGAGCUGCUGGCCCUGUGGUGGGGCUCAGGGGCUGGAGGAAGCCAGAUUAAACCUGAAUGUCUUUUCUCUCUUUGUCUCCCGCUGCU